UUUCCUCCUCUCUAAACCCUAAACAAUCAUGACUUUUCCGGCCGCCACAACCACCACCAUCCUCCUCCUCCUCUUCUCCGCCACCCUCAGCCUAGUGACGGCGGACAUGUCAAUCAUAGACUAUGCCCAAACCCACCCUUCAAUAUCAACAGGGAGAAGCGAUGGAGAAAUUAUGGGUAUUCAUCAAGAUUGGAUGGCCAAACAUGGAAGAAUCUAUAACCGACUUGGGGAGGCCGACCAUCGGUUCACUAUUUUUAAGGAUAAUUUACUCUUUGUUGAUGGGCAUAACUCUGUAAACCGGACCUAUAAGGUUGGGUUAAACCGUUUCGCUGAUCUCACCAACCAGGAGUAUAGUUCAUUGUACCUCGGUUUGAAGAGUGAUGCCCGUCGCCGCUUUGUUAAGUCAAAGGUCUCCAGCCGCCGGUAUGCUGUCUCUGUCGGCGAUGUUCUUCCGGCGGCCGUUGAUUGGAGGACUACCGGCGCUGUUGCUCCGGUUAAGAACCAAGGAGAGUGUGGGAGUUGUUGGGCUUUCUCGACUGUGGCGGCGGUGGAAGGAAUUAACAAGAUAACGACAGGAAAUUUGAUUGUCUUGUCGGAACAGGAGUUGGUCGACUGUGACCGGACUUAUAACGCGGGCUGCGAUGGUGGUCUCAUGGAUUACGCUUUCGAUUUCAUCACCCGCAACGGAGGCAUGGAUACUGAGGCGGAUUAUCCUUAUCGCGCUGCCGAUGGCACCUGCGACUCCACUAGGGAGAAUGCAAAGGUAGUGAGCAUAGAUGGUUAUGAAGAUGUGCCGGCUAAUGAUGAAAAGGCUCUACAGAACGCGAUCGCUCAUCAGCCCGUUAGCGUGGCUAUUUCAGCUUCUGGCAGGCCUUUACAGCUCUAUGUAUCUGGGGUGUUUUCGGGUGAAUGUGGAACGGAAUUGGAUCAUGGAGUGACGGCGGUUGGAUAUGGAAGUGAAGAUGGGGUUGAUUAUUGGAUUGUGAGGAAUUCGUGGGGAGAAGAAUGGGGUGAGAAGGGAUACUUUAGGUUGGAGAGGAAUGCAAAUGGAAUGGGAACAGGGAAAUGUGGAAUUGCGAUGCAGGCUUCUUAUCCUAUUAAGACUAGUCAGAACCCGACAAAAGCUUAAACUUGAUCGGGAACCAUUAGUAGUAAAAGUAGUGUUGUUCUAUGAAUGGACGGUCGGGUCGGGACUGCUAAUGGGUAUAAGAUAAUAUAUAUGAAUGUUAGGAUUUGGUUGUAUUUCUUCUAUGCCUAAAUAUUUGUCUGCCUAUUAAAGCUUUGAUGAUGAUUGUUGUGUGUAAAUGUAUGUACCUCUACUAUCCCUUGUUGGAUUGUUAUGAGGAAAUAUGAUGUGAUGCACUUUUUAUAUCAAUACUACUAUACUAUCCUUUCUUU